CUCCCGAAUAUAACGCGGAACACGUGAAGCGAGCGCAGUUCGGUCUCCUCUCCGCCCUGGAUUGGCAGCAGCAGUGUCAUGCUGUCCCUCCCGUUCUCCACAGUCCACCAGCGGGAAAAGAACUCCGACUAGAAGCCCUGCUUGGGUGAGUGAACGAACAGGACUAGAGAAGAAGCUGCCGUCCCGGGGGACGCUCACCAGCGUCAGACUAAGACGGGAGGCUUGGCUUCAGCGUAAAGGCUGCACUUUCUUUACAGACCCGAAGCCACACGGGAGUGAAAUUCUGCACCGGACAGUCGGCACGAACGUCCAUGAAGCUGAUAAGCAGCUGCAAUGCCUCCAAAACACUAAAUGACAGUACUAUGGAGACAUUGAUCGGGUGUCAAUCAGAGGGUGAUAUCAAGGACCAGCCCCUGUUGGUAUCAUGUGAGAGCGAAGACAGCCUUUGCCAGCUAAUUGAAGUUAAGAAGAGAAAGAAGGUGCUGCCCUGGCCCUUUCUCUCGAGAAGGCUCUCCCCUUCAUCAGAUCUCCCUGGGGCUUUGGAGCCAGAAUUGAAAGCAUCGCUUUUUGACCAGCCCCUGUCCAUUCUCUGCGGCGAGAACGACACGCUUCCCAGACCCAUUCAGGAUAUUCUCACCGUUCUAUGCCUUAAAGGCCCUUCAACUGAAGGGAUCUUCAGGAAAGCGGCCAAUGAGAAAGCCCGCAAAGAACUGAAGGAGGAGCUGAGCUCCGGGGGUGAGGUGGACCUGGACGGCCUCCCUGUGCACCUGCUGGCUGUGGUCUUCAAGGACUUCCUCAGAAGCAUCCCCCAGAAGCUGCUCUCCUGUGACCUCUUCGAGGAGUGGAUGGGCGCGCUGGAGGAGCAGGACGAGGAGGACAGAAUCGAGGCCCUGAAACAAGUUGCAGAUAAACUCCCCCGGCCCAACCUCCUGUUGCUGAAGCACUUAGUCUACGUGUUGUAUCUGAUCAGCAAGAACUCAGAGAUCAAUAAAAUGGACUCCAGCAAUCUGGCCAUCUGCAUCGGACCGAACGUGCUCUGCCCAGAGAACGACCAAAGCUUGUCAUUCGAAGCCCAGAAAGACUUGAACAGUAAGGUGAAGACAUUGGUGGAAUUCCUCAUCGAUAACUGCUUUGAAAUAUUCGGGGAGAACAUUCCAGUACAUUCCAGCGUCGCUUCUGACGACUCCUUAGUACACACCGACAGCUCAGACGUGUCCACCCUGCAGAACGACUCAGCCUACGACAGCACCGAUCCUGACUCUGAAUUCCACGGUGCCAUCACCUCGCCCUGUGGCCAGCCUCCACUGCCCAGCAAGGCCGCGGGCUUGGACCACCAGGACCAGCUGGACACUUGUGACUUCCUCCGGGAGCCCACCACGAGUGCCCUCUCCAGGCUGAAGAGCUCGCUCAGCCAGCCAGACCGGCGGUACUCAGAACCCAGCAUGUUGUCCUCCCAAGUGUGCCUCGAGAGCCGGGUGGCAAGUCAAAAACUAACCAAAAGCGAGGAUGACUUCACCAUGGCCCGGGCAGGUGCCCGUUUAGAAAGCGAGGAAGCCGAAGACCCGUUUCCAGAGGAGGUCUUCCCUGAAGGUCAAGGCAAGAGCAAGAGACCAGGGGACCUGAAAAUCAGGCAUGUGACCCAGGGCUUGCUGUUACCCCGGGGACUGGUCCCCAAAGCCUUCUCCAGCAGCUCGCUGGACGGGUCCUCUGAGAGCUCGCCCAUUGAUUCUCCUUCCAGUCCCAAAAGAAACAUCUUCACCAGACAUCAGUCCUUCACCACGAAGGCUGACAAAGGCAAGCCCAGCAGAGACAUUAAGAAGCACUCCAUGUCGUUCUCCUUUACCUCUCACAAAAGAGUGCUGGCCAAGACGCCCAGCUUUGGGUCUGGGAAAUCCAAAGGCUCUCCCAGGGACCACAGCAAGAAGGGUUUUAAAAGAGAAACUCAGCUUGCUGGCCGAAUCAUCCAGGAGAACGGGUCUGAAAUCCACGGUCCAGCAGGCCUGGGCUUGGGCUCAGGCUUGGGCUCCUGCACCCUCCGGACAGACGAUGUGUUCCAGAAGGCCAACCACAGAGGGCCCAGCAGUCCACCGUCCUAUGAAGAGGCCAUUCAGCACCAGGCCUUUGAGCUCGCUGCCUACGGAAGCCAAACAGUGGGCAGUGUGCGGGCCAGGAUGUGCAGUGGGGACACCAUGGUGCCACCUCUUCCACCUCCUCACCAGGGAGAGGACUCAAGGAAUCCACGCAGUCGAGAGCUGCUGCUAGGGCACGGACUCUCGCCGCAGGCUGAACACGGGGAACAGAGCAGGGCUGGCCACGCUUCCAUGGAAGCUCUGUGGCACGUGACAGUACCAGGGAGACCUGAGCUGCCCCGGCAGAGGACCAUGUCGGAGGCCAUGCAAAAGAGCAAGUGGGACUCUCUGACGCGGAGGCGCAGCCAGCCGGUCUUCGAUGCCGACCAGCUGCGCUAUGCCAAAGAAUCCUAUAUCUAGGACAGGCCAGACAGCAUGACAGCUGUGGCGUCUUGUAAAUACGUUGACUGUGCAAAGCACUGCUGUUAGAUUCCGUUUUCAAAAAAGUCGUGAAUAAGCUCCUUUAGAAAGCCGUGUCGAGCCUCCUCAGUGAGGAGAGACUCAGUGUGUCUGUGCAAUAUGUAGAAUGUACAAAGUGUACGAUAGCCGAGGUGCAGGUGCCGAGAGGGUCCACAGAAACCCUCCCCACGCCGUGCGCCUCUUGGAGCACUUUUCUACUGGUUAGUGUCCCAAAGUCAUCUUCGCUUUGUUAAAUGUUGCUCAAAUGUCAUACCAAUUUUCACCUUUUCCCACAAACUCCAUUUAAGAAAAAACGCUUAAAUCUGUGCUGUAAGUUUUCUAAGCACCCUAGUAAUAACAGACCUCACAGGGGAAGAAGGAAAGAGAUCGCAAGGAAUAAAGUUCAGUGUUGGGAGUUAUCAAAGGCACUGCAAACUCCAUGAUGAAAAAAUAUAUAAAGUACUUAAACGCACCCUUUCAAUCAUCAAAUUGAAUGUGAGUAGACUGGUGACAAUGCAUUACAUCCACAUUAACUCAUGGAGAGCACUUUGGGGGUCUGCCUGCGGUCACACGACUUCUUAUCCAGCAGUGUGGGGAUAAACAAUCUAUGUGCAUUGAGGGGCCAUAUGUAAAAUUUGAAUGUAAUUUCACUACAAUAAAUUCCCUUCCUUAUUUGAAAGUAGAAAUGUUCGUUCUUUAGUGACAUGUUACCUCAUUUCUUUCCAUUAAUAAAAAUCCACCAAGAAAAUUA